GCGGCAGCCGAUAUACCCGCUCUUUGCUAGCUCGUGCAGAUGUCUCAAGUGGGUUGCCCCCCUUACUUAGUCAUGUACGAUGCAUUGUCACUCGAGUGAACUGGUUCUCGCUCUCCCGUUACUCGGGUGUAGCCCGGCCCGCGCCACCGGUCAUCAGGUCGGUUGCCUUGUGCAAUCGUCGACGGUGGUACAGUCCCAAGCCCUUGCAUGGACACAAGGCUUACCCGAACACUUUAAUUCGACAGACUAUAACUUUGGUGGUGGUGGUGAGGUCAUGCCUGCUCUCUGGUCUUCUUGGCCCGGCGCUUUCAGUGCCGACUCGAGAGGUUGUCCAACAACUCACGGCAAGCGAUUCGUAGAUUCCAAAACCCGCCACGUUCCUAGUACAUGACCCCUUUCUGUAGCCCUGCUAGCGGAGUAGGCGAUGGUACUACACAUGCAAUCCCACUGCAUUAGACAACUAAAGCCACCGCGGAAACCCGAACUUGGCCAUCUACAUCGCGUUCUCCAGAUGAAGAAAACCCCCCUACAACAGCCAGAGUACAUCAUAAAAGACCAUCACCAAGCACUUACCCAACUAACACAUCUCAUUUAUUUCCCCCUCAACCCACUGCAUGGCAUUAGUACGCGGGGGCACAGUACUGAUUCAAAUGAAGUAUGCAUCAUUGCGACCAAGCUUCAUACCUCAGUCAACUGGGGUACUGUACAAUUAACCAGGCCAGCG